AUGUCAGAUACUAAUAGCACAAUUAGCUUAUCAGUAAGCAAUGUUACUUUAGCAUUUUUAAUGUCCCUACUAGCUUUUGCUAUUAUGCUAGGAAAUGCCAUGAUCAUUUUAGCUUUUGUGGUGGAUAAAAACCUUAGACAUCGAAGUAAUUAUUUUUUUCUUAACUUGGCCAUUUCUGACUUCUUUGUGGUGUCGGAGUCUUGGAAGAAGAAGGGUAAAAAAUGUGAACCUGGAUUUUUUUCAAAAUGGUACAUCCUUGCCAUCACGUCAUCCUUGGAGUUCCUGGUCCCAGUCAUCUCAGUUGCUUAUUUCGACAUGAAUAUUUACUGGAGCCUUUGGAAACGUGGUAAUCUCAGCAGGUGCCAAAGCCAUCCUGGAUUCACUUCUGUCUCUUCCAGAAACUGUGGACACUCUUUCAGAUGUGGACUAUUUUCAAGGACCUCUCUUCCUGCACCAAAGGAAGCAGCUGUACCCCUUCAUUCAGAGAAACAAGGAAGAAAGAGCAGUCUCUGGUCUUCCUUGAGAACCCACACGAAUAGCAAUAUAAUUGCUUCCCAAACAGGUUCCAUCUCCCAGUCUGGUUCUAUAUUUCUUCACCGAAGGGAACAUCUUGAACUGCUCAGAGCUAGGAAAUUAGCGAAGUCACUGGCCAUUCUCUUAGGCGUUUUUGCCAUUUGCUGGGCUCCAUAUUCUCUGUUCACAAUUGUUCUUUCAACUUACCCCCCAGAAGAGCGUCCUGAAUCAGAGUGGUAUGAAAUCACAUUUUGGCUUCAGUGGUUCAAUUCUUUUGUCAAUCCUUUUUUGUAUCCAUUGUGUCACAAGAGUUUUCAGAAGGCUUUCUUGAAAAUAUUUUGCGUGAAAAAACAACCCAUGUCAUCAAACAAUUGGUCAAUGUCCUCUUAA